AUGUCCGCAACAGGACACCAUAUUUCUAUAAACCCCGUCCGAAACACCACCGACCUAGCAGACACUACCUCCCUCUUCUAUGCUUAUGCCAGUUCUUUAGGUUUCGAUCUCGCUUUUCAAAACUUUGAUGCAGAAAUGGCGGGCAUGCCGGGUAAGUAUUCUCCGCCCGAAGGAGAACUACUACUGGCACGGAAUGCGGCUGGCAAACCCAUUGGCUGUGUUGGGUUGCGUCCACUCCCUUCCACUGGUGAGGGCGCGACUGUAUGCGAGAUGAAGCGCCUAUACGUCACUCCAUCAGGACGGGGUACUGGGGUGGGGAAGGCAUUGGCUUCAUCGAUCAUCGCCGCGGCGGAGAGACUCGGAUAUGGAGAGAUGAGGCUGGACACUCUACCGAGGAUGGUCGCUGCUCUCAACAUGUAUCGCGCAUUUGGAUUCGAGGAUAUUGCGGCGUAUUAUGAAACGCCGAUGGAAGGAACUCACUUUCUGUCCCUCAGACUCCCUAGACGGCAGUAG